CAAGGUUAUAAAUUUUAAGCCCACUCCCUAUAAUAAAAUCAAUUCAUCGUGUAACACAAACACUGCGUAGUAACGUUUAUUCGUUGAAUGUAAGACUGAUCAUGGGAAUAAAAGAUGUAUCGUCAUUAAUUAAUUCGUUCCGAUAAUUACACGUGCUACACAUCGCAUUUGCAUUUGUAAUAGAUUAUUACUACUCCUCACAUGAAGAGACAAAACACAUGAAAUGAAAUGUAAGAAAAUGAAGUAUAUAAAGAGUACGUUUUACUUUUCCUUUUGUCUUUGAUAAAAAAAAUAUCUAAAACACGCAGAUCAAAAAUAAAAUAAAAAUGAACAGUGUUGGUAUACUUCAUAACGUGUUGUCGACAAAAAAAAAAGUUCUGCAUUCUUUUAAAUCCAGUACAAAAAUUUGGAAUAUCAUAACUCAAGAAAGACUUAGUUCAUCAAAUAGCACCACAAAUGCUAUCGCUACUAUUAAGAAUAAAGACUCGCUACAUAUUCCCAUGCUAAACCAACAUACUACAAAACAUUAUAUUCAAACAAAAACAAGAACAUUGGCAAGAUCCCAAGGGCGGGUGGUUAUAUUAGGAUCUGGAUGGGCUGGAUUCAAAUUGAUGAAAGAGCUAGAUAAAAAAAACUAUGAUGUUUCUGUUAUAUCUCCAAGAAACUACUUUGUGUUUACUCCCUUAUUAGCAAGCACAUCUGUUGGAACUUUAGAAUUUAGAUGUAUUACUGAACCUGUUAGAACUUACUCAAAAGAUAUAAAUUUUUAUCAAGCUUAUUGUGAUAAAAUAGAUUUAGAAAAUCAAGUGAUCCACUGCGUAUCAAACAUUGAUAAUGAUCAGAAACAAAAAAAGUUUUCAUUAGAUUACGAUAAGCUUGUUAUAAGUGUCGGAUCGUAUUCAAAUACUUUCGGAAUUCCUGGUGUUAAAGAACAUGCAUUUUUUUUAAAAGAUGUAAAUGAUGCAAGAAAGAUUAGAAAAAGGUUAAUUGAAUGUUUUGAGCAUGCUUCGCAGCCAGGUAUCAGCGACAAAGAAAAAGAAGAUCAUUUACACUUUGUCGUUGUUGGUGGCGGUCCUACAGGCAUUGAAUUCUCAGCCGAAUUAUAUGAUUUUAUUGCAGAUGAUUUAUCCAGACUUUAUCCAGACUUAAUGGAUAAAACACGAAUGACUUUAUACGAUGUAGCUCCGACUAUUUUGAGUUCGUUUGAUUCACAUCUUUCAGAUUAUGCUCACAAGAAAUUCAAUCGUAAAGGAAUUCAGAUCAAGACACAAAGAUACGUUGAACAAGUAGAAAGUGACCAUUUAGUCAUAAAAGGGGAAGGUCAAGUACCUUAUGGACUAUUAGUUUGGUCAACAGGUUUGAUGCAAAACCCACUUUUAGAAUCCCUUUCUACGGCAGAAAAAGACAUCUCUGGACAAAGAAUCCUGACCGACGGACAAUUAAGAGUUAUCGAUAAAAAUACCCAACUUCCUUAUCCUAAUAUAUAUGCGCUUGGAGACUGUGCUACCAUUAAAGGCAAUGAUUUACCAGCAACGGCUCAAGUUGCCACACAAAAAGCAAACUAUCUUCGAAAAGUUUUCAACGGUAUUGCCAAAGAAGGAUAUGAAAGUCCAGUAAGCGAGUUUGAGUUCAAAAACCGAGGUAUGAUGGCCUAUAUUGGAUCUUCCGAGGCUUUGGUUGAUAUGUCGUCAGUUCAUCAACUGGCAAAGAAAUCAGGGCAUUUAUCGUGGCUAUUAUGGAGAUCUGCUUAUUUUAGCAUGAGUAUGAACAUUAGAAACAAAAUGUUGAUUCCGUAUCAUUGGUUUUUGACAUGGAGUUUGGGACGCGAUAUUAGUAGAUUUUAGCUUAGCA